AAAAAUAAACGUCAAUUAUUCACGAACGACGCCGCAAAAGAAAUCGAAGCGUCUGCCGUCUAUUUUUAAUGAAAAUUAUAGUACCUUUUUGUUGAUUAAAAACUUGGUGAAAUCCAUAAAAUACUACAGAGAACUUAAUUUGCUGUGAUAUACAUUUAUAGGAACGGUUAAAAUGUUGGGUUCGGGUGACGGAGGCCACAUUAUCAAACUGCGUGGAUUGCCUUUCACUACAACCGUCGAAGAUGUUCUCGAUUUUUUGAGUGGCGUCAACGUUUUAAAUGAUAAAGAAGGAGUCCAUUUAACUGAAGUGCGACCCGGCCGACCCUCUGGAGAAUGUUUUGUGGAGGUUGAAAGUCAAGAAGAUGUAGAAGAAGCGUUGAAGAAAGACAAAGAAAACAUGGGCAAAAGAUAUAUUGAAGUCUUUUCCACUGAUCAUCAAGAUAUGGAGUGGGCUCUGAAUGCUAUGAAGCAGACUGAGAAUGGCUUUGAAUCACUACCCAAUGUCAAUGAUGAUAUGGGUGUCGUCAAACUUAGGGGUUUGCCCUUUGGUUGUUCUAAAGAGGAAAUUAUUCAAUUCUUUGAUGGGCUGGAAGUCGCCCCCGAGGGGGUGCACUUGCUAUCGGACCACACGGGGCGGGCCUCUGGCGAGGCGUAUGUUUACUUCGUUGACAAAACGGGCGCGCAAGACGCUCUCAGCAGGGACAGGGAGAAAAUAGGACACAGGUAUAUAGAGGUGUUCCUCAGCUCGCCGGACGAGGUGCGCGCGUACGCGUCGCGCGCGGACGGCGGCGCGCGGCCGCGCGGCUGCCGCCCGACGCCCUACGACCGGGGCGAUCGGUUCGCCGGACGGUUCGGGGCGAGGGGCAGGAGCUCGUUUGGGAGGGGCGGCGGGUUCGGCGCGGCGCGCGGCGGCAUGCGGCGCAGCAGCGGCAUGCACUGCGUGCACAUGAGGGGGCUGCCGUUCAAGGCCACGCCACAGGAUAUUGCUUAUUUCUUCAAGCCGAUCCGGCCGGUGAACAUAACGAUACUGUACGACAACAGCGGGCGGCCGUCCGGCGAGGCGGACGUCGAGUUCGAGUGUCACGACGACGCUAUGCGGGCAAUGCGACGGGACAAAAACAACAUGGAGCACAGAUACAUCGAACUGUUUCUCAACUCUUCCCCGGCGGGCGGCGGCGCGUUCAAGUCCAACAGAAACUUCAGAAAUUACUGAUAAACAUAAUAUAUCGUAAUAAUAGCCGGUUUCACAGCUUCUGGAUGUGUGCUCGGUCAGAUAAAAAGUCAAAUAAUGUAUGAAAGUAAUUUCAAAAUGUGUUGGAUAGGCUAUCUGUCACAUUAUCAGCAAGUCGUGAAACUGGCCCUUAAUAUACUCGUUUAUGUGUCGCUUUGACAAACGAUAACUAUUAAAUUUUAUAUAAAUGCAAUAUAUACUGGACGGCAUAAACCAACUAAAUGUAUGGAAAAUCAACUGGUUUUAUUUUUUUGGAAUGUAUGUUUGUUACUCUCAGUUAGUAUAUUAAUAAUAUAGAAGGUCACCGGUUGGACCGUUUCGGAUGAUCUUUAUUAAUAUUUAUUGCCGUGUGAGAGAGUCGUGUACGGAAAAAUUGUGAAGUUGCUUGUUUAGUUUUUAAAGAAAGGCAUUUAUGUGAGUUGACCUCGGGCACGGGUCUCUUCAUAUAUUCCUUUAAGUUAUAAAUGCUGAAAUUGUACAAAUUCUUAUGAUUUUCUUUGAAUAUUAGCUGAGAGUAAUGUUUAAAUUCAUAGAAUACACAUUAAUAUCUUAAUUUCUUAUUGAAGUUUCCGCGUGAUAGUAUUACAAACAGAAAAAAAACUGCAGUCAUUAUUACCGUCCGUUUGUCAAAGCGGUUAUUUUAGUUUUAGUCGAUUCUUUAUUGUAUUAUUCAUUCAAUAUAAAGAAAGUACAAUAGUGUGUUGGUACCGAAAUGAACGGUCACAUUCUGAUUUCAUUUCAUUGGAAAUAUAUUUUUACAGUUUGGUUUUGUCCGAAUGCCAUAACGUUAUUGUGGGAAGUUUUGAAAACAUUAUAUAAAAAUACGUUUUAUAUAGAUACUACGAAUAUUAAAUUGUACACAAGUAGUGUGUGUUAUUUUUUUAUAAAAUACAUGUUACUUUUAAUAAUAUAUGUACUUCAAACAGUAAAACAUGCACGCGGCCCUUGUAUAGUGUCCCGAGCUGCUAACAACUUGGCGUAUGUAGCUCGGGCUCGUUCCUCCCGCGUCCCGCCCCGCGCCCCCUGCAUGUGUCGCCCAUCUGAAGAUCUUCGUUGAACGACUGCAGUGGCGUAGCUAGAGGGACAAGGGCCCUGGUGCAUAGGGAAAGAAUCCCUCCUCCCCUCUUUCCGCCUUCCUCCCCUCUUUCAAAGCUGAGGUUAGAGGGCCCCCUGAACUCUGGGGCCCUGGUGCACUGCACCACCUGGCCCAAUGAUAGCUACGCCACUGAACGACUAUAUGGAUUAUGAGACGGUGUUCAUUUAUUUAUUUAUAAACACUCUUGAAGAAUGCACAGAUACACACAAAUAAUUGUACUAAUUGGCGGUCUACUUGCUUUGAAGCAAUUUCUACCAGGCAACCUUGGGUAUAAGUGUAUAAAUAACUAAUUAUUUCAAAUAUUUGUUCCUCACUAACUAUAUAUUUUCGUAUUUGUAGAUUUCACAUAUUUUGAGGUAAUUAAGGAUAUCGGAAAUAUUGCUAAUAAUUAUCGCUUAUCACAUAAAGUUAUAUUAUAUAUUUUUGUCGGUAUAUAACUUUAGUAACUUAAUUUUUAUGCGCUUUUAAUAAAUUCAGAAAACUUCGAUGUACCGUGUCUCUGCUGUGUUAAUUUAAUUAAAUACUAAAUAGAGAUAUAAUUGUAGUUAUGAAAUGUUGUAAGGGGCCAUGUUGUUUUAAAUAAAAACGAAUUAAAAAUACCGUUAUUCAAAACAAGAAGAUAAUUUGUUGCGUUUUAUUUCAUUUAUAUUUUAUAUAAUGUUUUUGAUAACUUGUGAAACGUGAAAUGACUAAAUAUAUCUACCUCUUAUUACUUUUCUGUGUUUUGUAAUCCACUGCGUACUUAAUUUGGCGGUAACACGUGUGGGUUCGACGAUACGGUGUCCCUCGACGAAUUUGGUAUAAAGCAUUAUUUACUAUA